AUGACGGAGGGAAGGAGCAGCAGCACGGGGCACGAGCAGUCCCAGACUCGGGGUGACUUCAGCUGUCAGGGCCAGGAGCGGUCCCGCGACAGCAUGCCAUCUUGGCCCAAUGACUCGGAGUGCCUCUCCCGUAACUGCAGCUGGGGGGAGACCUACAACUCGACAAGCGACGUGGAUCACUCUCUGCCCCCGCUGAAUUACUAUUCAAUCCCGCUCCUCACGGUCAUCACUGUCGCCUGCACGCUGCUUUUUCUGGUUGGGGUGGCCGGGAACGUCAUGACCAUCCUGGUAGUCAGCAAGUACCGGGACAUGCGCACUACCACCAACCUGUACCUGUGCAGCAUGGCCGUAUCCGACCUGCUUAUAUUCCUGUGUAUGCCACUGGACCUAUACCGAAUGUGGAGGUACAGGCCCUGGCGCUUCGGGGACGCGCUCUGCAAACUUUUCCAGUUCGUAUCAGAGUCCAGCACGUACUCAACCAUCCUGAGCAUCACUGCGCUGUCAGUGGAGCGUUACCUGGCCAUCUGUUUCCCUUUACGCGCAAAAGCUCUGGUCACCAAGAGGCGUGUGCGCGCCUUGAUUUUUAUCCUUUGGACUGUGUCCCUUCUGAGUGCUGGCCCCGUCUUUGUGAUGGUGGGUGUUAAGAGAGACGGCAUGGAGCAAACACAUUUCAGUUCGUGGAUGAAUGAGACUGACUUGUUUCUGGAUGACGGGGACACCAGGGAGUGUGGGAUGACACAGUACGCCGUGGAGUCGGGCCUGAUGGGGGCCAUGGUUUGGCUUAGUUCAGUUUUUUUCUUCAUGCCGGUCUUCUGUCUGACUGUUCUCUACAGUCUUAUAGGCCGCCGGCUGUGGCAAAGGCACAGAGAGACGAACAUGAGCUCCCGUGUGGCUCACAGGGAUAAAAGCAACCGACAAACCAUCAAGAUGCUUGUGGUGGUUGUGUUGGCCUUCGUCCUGUGUUGGCUCCCGUUCCACGUGGGUCGGUACCUGCAGUUCCGCUCCCUGGACGCGCCGUCCCCUCUGCUCCUGGUGCUGUCAGAGUACUGUAACAUGGUGUCCGUGGUUCUCUUCUACCUGAGCGCUGCAAUAAACCCCAUCCUCUACAACACCAUGUCCUGGAAGUACCGGAGCGCGGCCGCGCGCCUCUUCGGCCUGACCGAAACCCAGCCUUCCCGAAGCCGCACGGCCAGCUCAGUGAAAGGAGACGUUUCCAACUGCUGGACGGAAUCUACAGCCAGGCGCCACGGGAGUAGCACAGAACCACGCUCCAGUAAUGCCAACGUCACAGUGAUGCCAACGACAGAAUAA